AUGAAUUUCGAAGAAGACAGAGCUUCAGAGCACCGCCACAGCCGCAGCGGGAACGACGCCGAGGCCCUCAAAGCCAAAAAGGCGGCGCUGCAGUACUUCAUGAACAAGGCGCCCCCGGGCGCCCUGGGGGAGGUCAUGGAGACCUGUGAGCUGCUGCUCGACACUGCUUCUGUGUCCAGUCGCUUUAUGGUGGAGACACUCGAGCAGUCUGCUGCGCUGCAGCGGCAGCUGCUUUCCUUUUCUUUGAAUUCUUUUUCUUACGAGGCGAUAAUCUGCGCAGCAGCAAAAAUAGGCCCCUCGCUGUACCUACACCCCAGGACGAAGCAGCGGCUGCUGCUGGCAGCAAAUGACACAGAGCUGGAGGUGGCUCAUUUGAGUGCUGCAGGAUCAGAGUACUUUCCUGCUACUGUCGAGCAGUACAGUUUUGUUUUUGAAUUUGUUUUCAUUUUUUGUAAACAAAAAGGGAAUUUGCUGCAGCAGCAGCAGCAGCAGCAGCAGCAACAGCAGCGGGCGAGGGCCAGCGCCUCUGUGUUCUCUCACUUGGGGCAAAAGGAUGAAGUAGAGUCUUCUGAAGAGGAAAAAGAAAAGAAAGAAAUGAAAGAAAUAGAAGAAAAAGAAAUAAAAGAAGAAAAGGAAAUAAAAAAUAAAAAGAAAUUCAAACUGACGGCAGUUGUGGCGGCGUGGGCGAAGAACCCGGCGGGCUUUUGGUGCUGUUCCUGGACGAGCGAGUGGGAAAUUUCUUUUUCUCUUUUUACGCCCAGCGAAGACUCCGUUUCGAUUGAAGGAGAGUCUGCGGUGCGCGUACACCUCAAUGAAGACGCUUCUGCCCACCUCAGCUUCACCCGGACCUUCCCAGCAGCAGCAGCAGCAGCAGCAGCAGCAGCACCU